UCGUGUAAACCGCGGGCCGUAACCGCGCGGCGUGCCACUUGCGACGGGAACGGUGACACGUGUGGGCCGUCUCGCAGUUUUCAGAAUGGCAGAUUUCCUGAUCAGUGGUGGUGCGGGGUAUGUUCCUGAUGAUGGACUCACUGGGGCACAGCUGUUUGGCAAUGGUGAUGGCCUCACCUAUAAUGACUUUAUACUGCUGCCAGGCUUCAUCGACUUCCAGGCUGAUGAGGUGGACCUGGCCUCGGCGCUGACCCGCAAGAUCACGCUGAAGUCGCCGCUGGUCUCGUCGCCCAUGGACACGGUCACAGAGUCGGAGAUGGCCAUCUCUAUCGCGCUGUGCGGCGGCAUCGGCAUCAUCCACAACAACUGCUCGCCAGAGUUCCAGGCCAACGAGGCGCUCAAGGUCAAAAAGUACAAACACGGCUUCAUACGCGACCCGUUCGUGCUGUCACCGAAUCAUAAGGUGAAGGAUGUGUUCGAGAUCAAGCGGACGCGCGGCUUCGGCGGCUUCCCGGUGACGGAGAACGGCCGGCUGGGUGGCCGGCUGCUGGGCAUCGUCACCUCGCGCGACAUGGACUUCCUGGAGCCCUCCUCCGACAUGACUAUCGCCCAGGUCAUGACGUCAGCAGACGAUCUGGUGACGGCGCCGGCCUCGGUCAGCCUGCAGGACGCCAACGACAUCCUGGAGAAGUCGAAGAAAGGCAAGCUGCCGAUUGUCAACGACAACCAGGAGCUGGUGGCACUGAUCGCGCGCACCGACCUGAAGAAGUCUCGCACCUACCCGAUGAGCAGCAAGGAUGAGAACAAACAGCUCCUGGUGGGGGCGGCGGUAGGCACGCGGGAGGACGACAAGAAGCGUCUGGAGCUGCUGUACCAGGCCGGCGUUGACGUCAUUGUCCUCGAUUCGUCCCAGGGCAACAGUGUCUUCCAGAUCAAGAUGAUCCGCUACAUUAAGGACAACUAUCCCGAGAUGCAGGUCAUCGGAGGCAACGUGGUGACGGCGGCGCAGGCCAAGAACCUGAUCGACGCCGGCGCGGACGGCCUGCGCGUCGGCAUGGGCAGCGGCUCCAUCUGCAUUACGCAGGAGGUGAUGGCCGUCGGCCGACCCCAGGGCACUGCCGUGUACAAGGUGGCCGAGUACGCGCGCCGCUUCGGCGUGCCGGUGAUCGCUGACGGCGGCAUCCAGAACGUCGGACACAUCAUCAAGGCCCUGGCCCUGGGCGCCUCCACAGUGAUGAUGGGCAGUAUGUUGGCGGGCACCACCGAGGCGCCCGGCGAAUACUUCUUCUCGGACGGAGUACGGCUGAAGAAAUACCGCGGCAUGGGCUCGCUGGAGGCCAUGGAGAAGAAGCAGGGCACCCAGGGCGACCGGUACUCCACAAGGAGGGGGAGAAGAUGAAGGUGGCGCAGGGCGUGUCCGGCAGCAUCGUCGACAAGGGCUCGAUCCUGCAGUUCGUGCCGUACCUGCAGGCCGGCGUCCGGCACGGCUGCCAGGACCUGGGCGCCAAGAGUCUCUCCAUU